UGACAGGGUUGAACAAGGGCUCCGGAGUCAGCAAAUCCAACAGACAGCAGGCACAGCCGCUGGGACAUCCGACUUGUAGCUCACAGACAGCUCUAGAUUCACCUUGAGGUUCCGAUUUGGCGAGAACAAAAUAACCAAGAACUUUGUCUGAGAAGACUCUUGGACCUGAAAUGGGCACCAGGUUGGUGUGGCUGUCCCUUGCUCUAUCAGUGGCGUUUUCGGCUGGGCAAGACACUGAGACUGGCGCCACAGAGGAUGACAUCCCCGAGGGUGCAUCCACCUUGGCAUUCGUCUUUGAUGUAACCGGCUCCAUGUAUGACGACUUGGUCCAGGUUAUCGAGGGAGCAUCCAAGAUUUUGGAAACAUCCCUGAGCAGACCGAAGAGACCUCUGUACAACUUUGCUCUGGUCCCUUUCCAUGACCCAGAGAUUGGACCUGUAACAAUCACAACGGACCCAAAGAAGUUCCAGUAUGAGCUGAGAGAGCUGUAUGUUCAGGGAGGUGGGGACUGUCCAGAGAUGAGCAUUGGUGCCAUUAAGAUCGCUUUGGAGAUCUCCUUGCCAGGGUCCUUUAUUUACGUCUUCACAGAUGCCCGUUCUAAAGAUUACAAAUUGACCCAUGAAGUCCUGCAGCUCAUUCAGCAGAAGCAAUCACAGGUGGUUUUUGUGCUGACGGGGGACUGUGAUGAUAGGACUCACGUUGGCUACAAGGCUUAUGAGGAGAUUGCCUCCACCAGCUCUGGGCAGGUCUUCCAUCUAGACAAGAAACAGGUCAAUGAGAUCCUCAAAUGGGUAGAGGAGGCGGUGCAAUCGUCCAAGGUCCACCUGCUGUCCACUGAUCACUUCAGUGGGGUCAGCAACACUUGGCAGAUACCCUUUGACCCCAGCCUCAAGGAAAUCACUGUGGCCCUCAGUGGCCUAGCACCUGACAUUGAGAUCAAAACCCCCCAAGGGAGGCUUGUGGGGAAGAGUGAUGGUCUGACUGAACUCUUGCACAUUCCAAACUCUGCCAAAGUUGUCAACAUCAAGGACCCACAGCCUGGGAUGUGGUCUGUCAAGACAUCCAGUGAAGGACGACACUCUGUCCGUAUCUCAGGUCUCAGCACCAUUGACUUCCGAGCUGGAUUUUCCAAAAAACCCACAUUGGACUUCAAAAUGACCUCCAGUAGGCCAGUUCAAGGUCAGCUAGAGCUCCUGUCAGUCACAGGUGUAGUGAUAAAAACAUUGCCAAUCCAGUUCUACCCUAAACGCCAGCCGUACAGCCUCUGGAACAUCACAGAGUUCAUCCCACCAAACGAGCCCUUCUUCCUGCGGGUGACCGGAUACGACCGUGAUGGUUUCCUGUUCCAGAGACUCUCCAGCGUUUCUUUCUCCAGUAUUAUACCUGGUGCUCCUAAGGUGCUGAUGCCAACCACAACUCAUGGUUACUAUCUGCAGAGAGGGACUGUUGGCUGUCAUGUAGACAGCCUGAUCCCCUUCACUCUACGCUUCGUCAGGGAUGGGAGGCAACUCGGGGUGGACCAGCUCUUCAGUGAGUCUGAUCAUGCAUUCUGGGAAAUAGCUCAGGUUACUCUGAAGGACGAGGGCUACUAUGAGUGUAUUGCCAUCAGCAGCGCUGGGACAGGAAGAGCCCGCACCUUUCUGGAUGUAUCAGAGCCACCUCCAGCCAUCACCAUCGAGGGUAACAUAACUGUCUCCCGUGGCUCCCAUGCUGUCCUCACCUGCCACGUUAUUAGCACUGUCAACUUCAACCUCACUUGGCUGAGAGGAGGUAACGAUGCCCGUCUGGACCCACGGGCGCGUGUCCUGACCAACCUCUCGUUACAGGUGUCCACUGUGACUCCUGAUCACUCGGGCUGGUAUGAGUGUGUUGCUAUGAAUGAAGGGGGCUCGACAGCAGAAAGAGUCUACCUUACUGUGCAAGAGACUCCCAGAGUUUCAGUAGAGCCUCAGGAUCAAACCUUCAUGACAGGAGAUGAAGUGAGGAUCAGGUGCUCAGCCAGUGGUUACCCUCCACCCCGCCUGGUCUGGACCCACAAUGGCAUGUUCAUCAUAGCAUCCAGCAGAUACAGGAUGACUCCUGACGGCACACUGGUUAUAAGAAACACGGAGAAGAAGGAUGGAGGGGUGUAUGGCUGUUUGGCUAGCAACCAGGCUGGAACAGACGCAAUGACCUCCAUCCUCACUUACACUGAAUCUCCUGUGGUGAUGGUGGCAUUAAGUGAGAUUCUCACUGGCAUUGGAGAAACCACAGUGAUGGCCUGUUCAGCAUCUGGAAUCCCACAGCCUGAAAUCCAGUGGUACAAAGGUGAUGCCCAGCUACAAGCAUCAUCCCUCUUGGAUAUAGACCCACUGAGAGGAACACUAACCAUCAGGGAGACCCAGAAUGUCGAUGCUGGAGAUUACACCUGUGUUGCUGUCAGUUCUGCUGGCACGUCGUCAGGAAAGAUAUCUCUCAGUGUAGGAUCUGCUCCCAAGUUCAUCCAAGAGCCAUCAGAUGUGGCAGCGGACAUUGGCUCCAAUGUGACCCUGCUGUGCCAUGUCGAAGGCUACCCUGAACCACAGGUCACCUGGAGAAGAGAGGAUGGAUUACCUCUUUUCAACAGUCCUCGUGCACAUAGCACUACUACACAGAGCAGGGGACAUCUACAUAUCACCAAGCUGUGGGUGGAGGAUGAGGCGGUGUAUGUCUGUGAGGCCCGAAACCACUUUGGCAGGAUCCAGACCCAGGCCAAGGUCACUGUGACAGGACUGGUCUCACCUGUCAUUGCGAUGAGUCCGACUGUGAUCAGUGUGAUCGAAGACCAGCAGCUGACUCUGCCCUGUGUGCUCUUGGCUGGAAAUCCACUGCCUGAAAGACAGUGGCUACACAACUAUGGUCUGGUAACCUCAGACCAGUACGUGACAGUGAGGAGGGAUGGCAGUCUGCAUAUUGAGAGAGUUCGGCUGGACGACACAGGCGACUACACCUGCUUGGCUGAGAAUGUCGCUGGGGCCACCAACCAUACCACCACUGUUGAUAUCUAUGUGAUUCCUACCAUUCAGCAUGGCCCUCAAGUGUUCACCACAAUUGAGGGAACACCUGUGUCUCUGCCCUGCCAUGCCAGUGGAAUACCACCCCCUGAGAUCACCUGGGCCAAGGGUGGGGAGCUGCUGUACUUGGGUGGUCCUGCUUUCUCGCUGGAUACUGACGGCAGCCUCCUCCUUACUUCCCCUUCUGGAAAUGAGACUGGCGAGUUCAUCUGCACAGCUACCAAUGCUGCUGGCUACACCUCCAGGAAGGUCCAGCUAACUGUCUAUGUCCGUCCUAGGUCAAAUGCUAGUGGUAUCGGCGUCUCAGGUGAGCCAGUGAGGAUGUCAGUGAUUGAGGGUGAGGAAGCCGUUUUGCCAUGUGAGGUCCACAGUGUCCCACCUCCCACCAUCAGCUGGGCCAAGGAGAGGCAGCUCAUCUCCCCUUUCUCUACAAGGCACACUCAGCUUUCCUCGGGGUCUAUGACGAUCUUAAAGACCAGAGUCUCAGACAGUGGACUAUAUGUGUGUGUUGCCUCCAACAUUGCUGGCAACCUAACACAGUUCAUUGAGCUGAGUGUUUUGGUGCCCUCUAGUAUACAGCCCGGCCCUAUGGUAAUGAAAGUACAGGUGGGUCACCCUGUCGGGCUUCCCUGUGUGGUGAGAGGGGUCCCGCUGCCAACAAUAGCCUGGACUAAAGAUAACAAAUCCUAUUCGGCGAUGCCUGAUGGCAGCCUGGCAUUGAGAAAUGUGGGACUGGAGGAUGAAGGAACCUACACGUGCACAGCAACUAACAUUGCAGGCAGAGAUGAGGCUCACAUUCAACUUCUAGUGCAAGUGCCCCCUGUGGUUGAGGUACUGGAGCCCCCUUUCAAUAGUCCCCUGCAGGAGAGAGUUGCAAACCAGCGCAUUGCCUUCCCAUGUCCUGCCAAAGGUUUUCCCAAGCCACUGAUUCGGUGGUUGCGUAAUGGCCAGGAGCUGACAGGUAAUGAGCCUGGUGUGUCCAUCCUGGAGGAUGGUACACUGCUGAUUCUGGCCUCUGUGUCCCCUAUGGACAAUGGAGAGUACAUCUGUGCUGCUGCCAACGAUGCUGGAUCCACUGAGAGGAAAUACCAGCUCAAAGUCAAUGUUCCCCCAGAUUUUCGUGACAGUGAUGCGCCAGGCAACGUGUCAGUGGUCCUGAGUCACGCCACAAACUUGGUGUGUGAUGUCACAGGAAGCCCGACUCCUGUGAUUACCUGGUUCAAGGAUGGGGCCCCUGUGGUUUCUAGUAAUAUUGUUCAGAUUCUUGAUAAGGGAAGAACCCUGAGACUAGUGAAGACAGCUACAGCAGAUGCAGGCAGCUACCGCUGUAAAGCCAUCAAUAUUGCUGGGAGCACAGAAAAAGAUUUUCUCCUGGAUGUACUGGUCCCACCAACAAUUGUAGGGCCAGGAUCUGCUCGAGAUGUUUUGGCUAUUCUCAAACAGGAGAUCAAUCUGGAGUGCAAGGUGCAAGGAGUGCCCUUUCCCACAAUCCAGUGGUACAAGGACAGGAAGUUGGUUUUUUUGGGCGAUCCCAAUCUGGAGGUCACCAACAGAGGUCAGGUUUUGAGGAUAAAAAGUGCCCGUCUUGGAGACCAGGCCCAUUAUCAGUGUACUGUCAUGAACACAGCUGGAAAAAAGUCCAAGGAUUUCAACGUCAGUGUCUAUGUGCCUCCUUCCAUCAAAGGUGGUAAUUUAACCACAGAGGUCACAGCUUUGCUGGACACUGCAGUAACACUGGAGUGUGAGGCACGCGGGGUGCCACUUCCCACCAUCACCUGGUACCGAGACGGUGCACCCAUUCUGUCCAACAGACAGGCUCAGUACAUAGAGCGAGGCCACUACCUGAAGAUCCUUCAUGUGCAUGCGUCAGAUGCUGGUCAGUACGCCUGCAAGGUGACCAGUGUGGCCGGGAGCGCUGAGAAGAGCUAUGAGCUGGAUGUUUACUUGCCUCCGACCAUUGCAGGGGGAGAUGACGGGCCAACUGAGAGGAAAGUGGUGCUUAAUAAGCCUCUGAUCCUGGAGUGUGAGGCUGGGGGGCACCCUCCCCCCUCUCUCACCUGGCUGAAGGACGGGGUUCCCCUGCAUGAUGGUGAAAGUGUCCGCGUGCUCGAGCAAGGAAAAAAAAUAGAAAUCCUCUCAGCCACAGUGUCAGACUCUGGACGAUAUGUCUGUGUGGCUAUAAGCAUUGCUGGGGAGAACGAGGUCAAAUAUGAUGUCAGAGUUUUAGUUCCUCCUUUCAUUGAUGGAGCUGACAGUGUGACAAACAGCACAGUGAUAAUCAACAGCCCUCUGGAGCUUGAAUGUCAUGCCACUGGCACACCCGCACCGGUCAUCACGUGGUUUAAAGAUGGAAAACCAGUCAGAAAGGGUGAAGGGUUGCGGUUUGCAGCUAGUGGUCGACAGCUGAUCGUGUCCCGCGCUCAGGUCACUGACACAGCUCGUUUUCAGUGUGUGGCCACUAAUGAAGCAGGGGACCACCAGAGGGACUUCAGUGUUGUUGUCCAUGUUCCUCCAUCCAUCCGUACCACUGGGUUCGCUGAACAUUCAGUGGUUCUUCAUGAGCCCAUCACUCUGGAGUGUAUCUCCAGUGGCAUCCCUCCUCCAAGCAUUACCUGGCUUAAGGCUGGCCGCCCUGUCGACACAACACAGGGGCGCCUUAAGCUGGAGUCUGAAGGCAGAACACUAAAGAUCACAGAGGCAAGACUAGAGGAUUCUGGACGAUACACCUGCCUGGCCACCAAUGCUGUUGGUGAAGCUCAACAAUACAUUCAGCUCAGUGUCCAUGAGCCUCCCAGUAUCCCCCACUCUGGAGAGAUCAUCAACCAGACUGUCCUGUCAGGCUUUCCCACUGAGCUUGAGUGCAAGGCCACAGGCGUCCCAUUGCCUGCUAUCACCUGGUACAAAGAUGGACAACCUCUGACUAGUGCAGCUGGGGUGACCAUGCUGAAGCGUGGCCAGGUGCUGGAGAUUGAACGGGCUCAACUGUCUGAUGCUGGGAUAUACAGAUGUGUAGCAGUCAACCUGGCUGGAGUAGCUGAGCUAUCCCACAGCCUGCAGGUGUUUGUGCCUCCUGUCAUCUCCAGUCGAGGUGGCACUGUAACAGUGGUGGUGAAUAAGGCUGCCAGGCUGGAGUGUGAGGCCAGAGGUGUUCCUCUGCCUAUCCUCACAUGGCUCAAAGAUGGCAGCCCUGUAGUGAGCGUUUCCCGUGGCUUACAGGUACAGUCUGGUGGCAGAGUGCUGUCUCUGAACAGUGCACAAGUUAGUGAUACAGGCAGGUACACCUGUGUGGCUGUCAAUGCUGGAGGGGAGCAACAAAGAGAGUAUGACCUGAGGGUUUACGUGCCACCUAACAUCAGGGGUGACGAGAUGAAUGCCACAGUGAUGCUCGGUCGUCCAGUGGAGCUGCACUGCCAGAGCGAUGCAAUCCCUCCACCUACUCUGACAUGGCGUAAAGAUGGCCGCCAACUCUUCAGGAAGCCUGGUCUGACUGUUUCAAUGAAUGGAAGUCUGCUCAAGGUCGAUAGUGCCCAAGUGCAGGAUUCAGGGAGGUAUACCUGUGAAGCCACCAAUGUUGCUGGCAAAACAGAGAAGAAUUAUAACCUCAAUGUUUGGGUUUCUCCCAGUAUCCGUGGCUCAGAGGCGGUGUCUCUUCUGACAGUUAUUGAAGGAGGUCUCAUCAUUCUGGUGUGUGAGUCCAGUGGCAUACCGCCUCCAAGCCUUACCUGGAGGAAGGAUGGUUCUGAGCUCAAGAUGGACCAGCGGCUUAGAGUUUUGUCAGGUGGUCGCCAGCUGCAGAUUUCUAGUGCUGAGAGGACAGAUGCAGCCUCCUAUACCUGCACAGCAUCCAGUGCAGCCGGCACCACUUCCAAAGUGUACAGCCUGCAUGUUUAUGUCCGCCCUUCCAUCAGACGUAGUGAGGGUGACGAUGAUGAUGUUACUGUGACAAAAGGAGGGGAUGUGACCCUACAGUGUGCUGCGGAGGGUGUGCCACGACCAGCGGUUACAUGGCUGAAAGAUGGUCGGCCUAUUACUGGCCAGCAUGAUGCCAAGGUCCUGAAUGAAGGGAGGCUGUUACAGAUCAAAGAUGCUAAGGUGUCAGACACAGGACGCUACACCUGCAUUGCUGUUAAUGUGGCAGGGCAGGCUGACAGCAAGCAUGACAUCAAUGUGCAUGUGCCACCAAGUAUAAUUGGUCAGGUAGACUUGCCUGAAAACGUGAGUGUUAUAGUGAAGAACCCAGUUUCCCUGAGCUGUGAGGCCUCUGGUAUCCCUCUUCCUACCAUCACCUGGCUGAAGGAUGACCAGCCGAUCAAAGCUACCAGUUCAGUGCGUGUCCUCUCAGGGGGACGAAGCCUGCGUCUAAUCCAAGCUGCAGUAGAGGAUGCUGGGAGGUACACCUGUAUUGUGUCUAACAGUGCUGGAGAGAAAAGGAAGAGCUUUCACCUUGACAUCCUUGUUCCACCCAGCAUUGUGGGUGAGGGAACCAUGCUGGAUACUAAAGUCAAAGAGAAACACAACAUCACUCUCACCUGUGAGGCAUCAGGUAACCCAGUACCAGAGAUCAAAUGGUUGAGGGAUGGACAGCUACUGGUCCCUGACAAACGGCAUCAAGUUUUGUCUCAUGGCCACUUCCUCUAUAUCUCUGGUGCCCAAGUUGCAGACACCGGCAGGUACAGCUGCCUGGCAUCUAACAGUGCAGGAGAUCGCAGCCGGCAUUUCAACCUCAAUGUCCUGGUUUCUCCCACCAUUGCCGGGUUGGGUCUUGACAGCUCUACAGAGGAGGUGACAGUAACUUUGAACAACCCCACCUCACUGGUGUGUGAAGUCCAAUCCUACCCUCCAGCUCUCAUCACCUGGCUCAAAGACGGCACUGUGUUUGAGUCCAGCCGCAGUGUCCGAGUGCUUCCAGGUGGGCAAACCUUGCAGAUUCUAAACGCUAAAGAAGAGGAUGCUGGAAGAUAUACCUGUGUGGCCACUAAUGAGGCGGGAGAGACACUGAAGCACUAUGAGGUCAAAGUUUAUGUUCCCCCACAGAUCAAUAAGAAUGAUAUCACCGGGGAAGGAGUGGCCCCCAAAGAGGUCAAGAUCAAAGUCAACAGCACAUUGACCCUGGAGUGUGCAGCUGAAGCCUUUCCUUCCCCAGCACUGCAGUGGUACAAGGACGGACAGAUCUUGCAAGCAGACGGCCAUGUUUCCAUUACAGCUAACGGUCGUAUUGUUCAGAUCAAGCACGCUCAGGUGUCAGACACUGGCCGCUACACCUGUGUAGCCACUAAUAUAGCUGGAGAGGAUGAGAAGGACUUUGAUGUAAAUAUACAAGUUCCACCCAAUUUCAAGCGGCCUGGUGGAGUUGGAGAUGCCAUGGCUUCCCCAGGCUUUGGAGGGGAUGUUCGGGAUGUGAUACUCAAUAAUCCCAUCUCUUUGUACUGUGAAACCAAUGCUGUCCCUCCUCCAACACUCACCUGGUACAAAGAUGAACAAUUACUGACCUCUACUGACAAGGUUCUGAUCUUACCAGGUGGGCAAGUGUUACAGAUACCCAGGGCUCAGGCUGAGGACGCAGGCAGAUACACAUGUGUGGCUGUCAAUGAAGCAGGAGAAGACUCCAUUCAGUACGAGGUUAGGGUGCUAUUGCCCCCAACCAUACGGGGAAUGGACAGUGACUUGCCUGAUGAGGUCAUGGUUCUGGUCAACAAAACUACUCAACUAGAGUGUCAUGUGGAUGGAAACCCAGCUCCUAAGAUAACCUGGUUUAAGGACAACCAGCAAAUCAUCUAUGAUGGUCAAUAUAAAGUCCUGUCCAAUGGGAGAAUGCUUCAGGUGUUGACAGCUCAGGUUUCUGAUACAGGGCGCUAUGUGUGCGUGGCUGACAGUGUGGCUGGAAGUGCAGAAAAAUCCUUCAAUCUCAAUGUUCAUGUGCCUCCCACUAUUAUUGGUCUGAGUCAUGAAAAUGUGACAGUGGUGGUGAACAACUUUGUGUCUGUCUCUUGUGAAGCUUCUGGCUUCCCUCCUCCCACGUUAAGCUGGCUAAAUGACAAGGGCCCCAUUCAGGGUAACCCCAAUGCACUCAUCAUGCCAGGUGGUCGCACAUUACAGAUUCUGAAAGCUAAAGUAUCUGAUGGAGGAAAGUACACCUGUGUGGCCAUGAACACAGCAGGAGAGGCUUACAAACACAUUUAUCUCUCUGUUUUCGUUCCUCCCAGUAUUCGGGACAGUUCUGGGGACUCUCCUGUGGUGGUGAAUGUGCUGGUAGGGAAGGCAGUAACUCUGGAGUGCGAGUCCAAUGCUGUACCUCCUCCCACCAUCACCUGGUACAGGAACAGCCGGGUGGUGUCAGAAUCAGCCAACCUGCUCAUCCUGGCAGAGGGACAGAUGCUCCAGAUCAAACGCUCAGAGGUAUCUGACACAGGACAGUACGUUUGCAAGGCCAGCAAUGUUGCUGGUCAGGUGGACAAGAACUUCCAUUUGAAUAUUCAUGUACCUCCCAGUAUUGAUGGCCCAGCAGAGGAGAGUGUGGUGGAAACCAUCAGUAACCCAGUCACUUUUGCCUGCGAUGCUACUGGUAUCCCUCCUCCCAGUCUCAGUUGGUUGAAAAAUGGACGACCAAUAGAGAAUACAGAGUCUCUGGAGAUGCACAUCCUCUCAGGGGGCAGCAAGCUUCAGAUUGCAUGGUCACAGCUCUCUGACAGUGGAACUUACAUGUGUGUGGCCUCCAAUGUGGAGGGCAAAGCACACAAGAGCUACCACCUCACUGUACAAGUCCCUCCCAGUAUCACAGGAUCGGAGCUACCCAUUGAGAUGGGAGUCCUGCUAAAUGAAAGCAUCCAGCUAGUCUGUCAAGCCCAGGGAACCCCGCCACCAACCAUCCAGUGGUUGAAGGAUGGAAAAGUCAUCAGCAAUACGGAGAACAAAGGACUCAGGAUCAGUCCAGAUGGAACCACACUUACUGUGAUGGGAGCUCAUACAAAUGACAGUGGCAAGUACACCUGUGUGGCCACCAACUCUGCAGGAGAGGAAGACAGGAUAUUCAAUCUAAAUGUGUAUGUGCCUCCUGUAAUAAAUGGUAACAGAGAGACUGCUGAGGAGCUGACCACAGUUCUGGACAGUCCUGUCAACAUUGAGUGCAUUGCUACAGGCUCUCCUCCUCCCCAGCUCAACUGGCUGAGAAAUGGCCUUCCCCUGCCAAUUUCCUCCCACAUUCGGCUCCUCUCUGCUGGACAGGUGCUUCGGAUUACACGAACCCAGGUAUCCGACAGUGGCACCUAUAACUGUGUUGCAUCAAACAGGGCUGGAGUGGACAGCAGACAUUAUAACCUACAGGUGCAUGUCCCUCCCAGUAUGGAUGGAGCUGGAAGCACAGAGGAUGUAACUGUAGUCAGAGGAAAUUUGGCUUCUCUGCUGUGUGAUGCUGAUGGGACCCCAACCCCUACUGUGUACUGGCUCAAAGAAGGAGUGACACUAAUUCCUGACCACCGCUUCAGAGUCCUCAACCUGAAUACCACUGUACAGAUCAUCCAGACCCAGGUCAAUGAUACAGGACGCUACACCUGCUUUGCUAACAACACUGCUGGUCAAACAAGUCGCCACUUCAACCUUAAAGUAUUGGAUCCGCCACGCAUCAAGGACUCAGAUAUUCCAGCAGAAGUAUCUGUGGUGGUUAAUAAUGUCCUGGAGCUUCAGUGUGAGGCUUCAGGUAUCCCUACACCCUCCCUGACCUGGCUGAAGGAUGGACGCCCGCUUCCACAGACAGACACUUCACGCCUCCGCAAGGGAGGGGAAGUGUUCCGUAUGGCCUCAGCACAGUUAGAAGACACAGGCAGAUACAGCUGCUUAGCCAUCAGUCCAGCAGGAGAUGAUGACAAACAGUUCCUGGUUCGAGUGCAUGUUCCCCCUAACAUUGCGGGAGACGGCACACCUCAAGAUGUCUCAGUGCUGCAGAACAGACAGGUAACUCUCGAGUGCAAGUCUGAUGCUGUUCCCCCUCCAACUCUGAGCUGGCUCAAAGAUGGCCAAGCACUGCAGGCCUCUGCUCGUGUCCGUGUGCUGUCCGGUGGCCGCUACUUACAGAUCAACAUGGCUGAGCUUAGCGACAAAGCUCAGUAUACCUGUGUGGCAAUUAACAUCGCUGGGAAGACCACACGACAGUUUAACCUGGCUGUCAAUGUGGCCCCAACAAUCAAGGACGGCUCCCAGACAGUGUCAGUAAACAUCAACAAGACAGCAGUGCUUGAGUGUAUCGUAAGUGGAGUACCACCACCUCGUGUCACCUGGAGGAAACAUGGUGCAGUAUUGGCAGGGCACAACCCCAGGUACACAUUUGCAGAGGAUGGGUCAUUACACAUUCACUCUGCCCAGGUGACUGACACAGGCCGUUAUCUGUGUAUAGCAACAAAUCAGGCUGGGACACAACACAAGAGAGUGGACCUGCAAGUAGAUGUCCCUCCUGCCAUCGCUGAAGGCCACACUAAUGUGACGGUUACAGUCAACGUUCAGACCACGCUGUCUUGCGAGGCCACCGGCAUACCCAAACCAUCUGUCAGCUGGACGAAAAAUGGCCGAGCCAUCAGUACUGACCAGAACCAGAAUAUGUACAGAUUACUAUCAUCGGGCUCCCUGGUAGUUAUAGCACCCACAGUGGAGGACACAGCAGUGUACAGGUGUGUGGCCUCAAAUGAAGCAGGGGAAGACUCCAGAUCCAUUAACCUCACUGUCCAUGUUCCUCCAUCUAUAGCAGAUGAACCCACAGAACUAAUUGUAACCAGGCUGUCCCCAGUGGUCAUUGCUUGUACUGCAUUUGGCGUCCCAGAACCCACAAUACAUUGGAGCAAAGACGGCAUGAAGCUCCUCAAAGAGGGGCAGGGAUACAGCGUCCUGAGCACAGGUCCAGUAGAGAUCACCUCAGCUGAGCUCAGUCAUGCUGGACAUUAUUCAUGCACAGCCAAGAAUGCUGCAGGCUCCACCCAGCGCCAUGUACAGCUAACAGUGCAGGAGCUUCCUGUGAUCCAUUCUCAUCCUUCCAUCCUGGAUGUGAUCCUGAAUAAUCCGGUCACUCUGCCCUGCAGGGCCACAGGUUCACCCAGACCCACCAUCACCUGGCAGAAAGAGGGUAUUAACAUACCCACCACAGGUGGUGGUUUCACAGUGUUGCCUAAUGGAAGCCUGCAGAUCGCCAAGGCUUCUGUUCCAGACUCUGGGAUAUACAUAUGUGUGGCUCAAAACCCUGCCGGCACUGCAUUAGGGAAGACGAAACUCAGAGUACAAGUCCCUCCUGUGAUCAGCUCAAAGACUCAGAAGUACCUGGCACCUGUGGACUCCUCUGUGAUGCUACAGUGCCAGGUUGACAGCUCCCCUCCUCCCUCAGUCACAUGGUAUAAAGAUGGACAGCCGCUGAGUGAAUCUGUACGCCAGCGAGUGCUCAGUUCAGGCUCCCUGCAGAUCGCCUUCAUCCAGCCAAGUGAUACUGGACGAUACACGUGCACUGCUGCCAAUGCAGCGGGGACUGUCAGCCUUGAGCUGACCCUUACUGUACAGAUUCCUCCCUCAAUUCGUGGUGGAGAGCAGGAAGUAACAGUGGUGGAAAACAGGCAGGCCUUGCUGGUGUGUGUAGCAGACGGGGUCCCUCAGCCCAGCCUGUCCUGGAAGAAGGAUGGCAAUCCUCUCAGUGAGAGCUCAGGGGAGUACACCAUCCUGCCCUCUGGGGAACUUGUUAUAGAUAUAGUCCAGCCUGGUGAUGCAGGCAGUUAUACAUGUGUUGCCACUAAUGCAGUUGGACAGGACAGUCGGACGGUGACCCUGUCUGUUCAUACCCACCCUGUCUUCACUGAGCUGCUCAGAGAUGUGGCCCUCAACAAGGGAGAGCGCCUCCUCCUGGCCUGUGGGGUCAGUGGGAUCCCCACACCCAGAAUCACAUGGUCCUUGAACAACAACAUUAUCCCAGUUCACUAUGACCAUAUGAAUGGCCACAGUGAACUAGUGAUAGAGAAAGUCAGCAAAGGCGACUCUGGCACGUACACCUGUGUGGCAGAAAACAGUGUAGGAACCAUCAGGUCACUGGGCUUUGUCUACGUUAAAGAGCCUCCUAUCAUUGAUGGGGACCUUCGCUCCAACUAUAUUGAACCUCUUGGCAGUAAUGCCAUCCUGAACUGUGAGGUUCAGGGAGAUCCCCUGCCAACCAUCCAGUGGAGCAAAAAUGGGAUAAACAUUCAGAUUAGCAACCGAAUCCGAAUCCUGGACAACGGCUCUCUAGCCAUCUAUGGCACAGUGAGUGAGGAUGCAGGCAACUACAUGUGUGUGGCAACAAAUGAUGCUGGGAUAGUGGAAAGGAGUAUCAUACUUUCCUUGCAUAGGGCACCCACCCUCACUGUGGAGCCAGUGGAAACAGUAGUGGAUGCUGGCACCACAGCUGUGCUCAAUUGUCAGGCAGAGGGUGAGCCCACCCCUGUGAUAGAGUGGUCUCGACAGGGGCGCCUGCUGCUGGGCACUGACCGCUUCUCUACCCAGUCCAAUGGUUCCCUCAGGAUCAGUAGUGCUCAGAAGGAGGACACGGCUGAAUAUGAAUGUGUGGCCAGAAACCUGCUUGGAUCAGUGCUGGUCAGGGCCAUGCUCACAGUACGAGUUCAUGGGGGCUUCUCAGACUGGGCAGAGUGGGGUCCCUGCAGUGUGUCCUGUGGUGCUGGGAUGCAGAAGAAGCUGAGGCAGUGUAACAAUCCUGUACCUGCCAAUGGUGGGCGUCACUGUGCUGGAUCAAACACAGAGACACGCGGUUGUCAGGGAAAACCUUGUCCAGUGGCUGGUAACUGGUCAGAGUGGUCGCUUUGGGAGGAGUGUUCCAGUACCUGUGGUCAGGGUAACAGAACCAGGAUCAGAACCUGCAGUAACCCUGCAGCUCAGCAUGGUGGAAGGCCGUGUGAGGGAAAGGCAGUGGAGGUCAUCAUGUGCAGUGUUAGACCCUGUCCAGUGGCAGGUAACUGGGGAUCUUGGCUAGCAUGGAGCCCAUGCAGUGAGACUUGUGGUAAGGGUAUGCAGUCCAGAAUCCGGCUUUGCAACAACCCUCCUCCAUCAUUUCAUGGGCUGCAGUGUGAGGGCACAGACACUCAGACACAGGUUUGCAAGGAGAGGCCUUGUCCUGUGGAUGGGAAGUGGUCAUCAUGGGUGAGCUGGGGAGCCUGCAGUGUUUCCUGUGGGGGCGGGACCAGACAGAGGACACGUCUUUGUGCCAGCCCUGCCCCUCAGCAUGGUGGGAGACAGUGUGAGGGCAACGAUAUGCACAUUGACUUCUGUAACAAUGAACCCUGUCCCAUCAGUGGUAACUGGGGUCCAUGGAGUAGCUGGGGCAGCUGCAGCAAGACUUGUAAUGGAGGUCAGAUGAGGCGUUACAGGACAUGUGACAACCCCAAACCCUCCAAUGGUGGAAGAGCAUGUGGAGGUGCAGAUACACAGAUACAGAGAUGUGGUACAGCCAUCUGCCCUGUUGAUGGUAGCUGGGGUUCAUGGCAGCCGUGGGGAGAGUGCUCUGCUUCCUGUGGAGGUGGAGAGAGGACACGUGUACGACUCUGCAACAGUCCAUCUCCUAAUAAUGGAGGUCGAGUAUGUCCAGGAGACACCUCACAGCUGUCCAGGUGUAACACUCAGGCCUGCCCAGGAGGGCCCAAGAGAGCACGAGGCACCAUCACAGGGAACAUCAACAAUAUUGAAUUUGGCAUCUCAGUCCUCAAUGCCACCAUCACAGACAACAAGUCUGGUGGUAGAAAUAUCAAGGCCACCAUUACUAAUGUGCCAAGGACAUUAGGUCCUGCAAUGAGGAAGCUCAUCUCCAUCCUGAACCCCAUCUACUGGACAACUGCACAAGAAGUAGGAGAGGCUGUCAAUGGCUACACGCUAACAGGGGGUGUAUUCAGGCGAGAUACACAGGUGGAGUUUGCUACAGGUGAAAUCCUGAGGAUGACUCACAUUGCCAGAGGCCUGGACACAGAUGGAGUGUUGUUACUGGACAUCGUAGUGAAUGGGCAUAUCCUACAGCUGUCCUCACAUGCUGACAUCAGCAUUAAGGACUACACAGAGGAUUACAUCCAGACAGGCCCAGGCCAGCUGUAUGCUCUGUCCACUCGUAUGUUCAGCAUUGACAGAGAGAGUGUGCCUUACUCCUGGAACCACACCAUCUCCUACGACCUGUCCAAGGGCAAGAUGCCCUACCUGGUAGAGAUGCUGCACGCCACAGCAAUCAGCGCUCACUACCACGCCUUGGAGGAGGUGUUGGAAUAUAGUAUCCAAGCCAGUAUCACCAAGGGUGAUCGCAGUAACCAGUGUCCUCAAGGAUUCACCUUGGUGUCUGCUGGGCCCUAUUGUGCAGAUGAGAAUGAAUGUGAGGUUGGGAACCCAUGUUCUCAUGCUUGUCACAACACCAUGGGCACCUAUUACUGUUCUUGUCCCAGAGGCCUCACCAUCUCAGCUGAUGGCAGGACCUGUCAGGACAUCAAUGAAUGUUCACUCAGUGGCAACAUGUGCCAUGAUGGACAGGACUGUGAGAACACCAUUGGCUCCUACCGAUGUGUCAUGCACUGUGGGCAUGGUUUCAGGAGAACAGCUGAUGGUCUCAGCUGCACAGAUGUAAAUGAGUGUCAGGAGUCCAAUCCAUGCACUCAACGUUGUCUCAACACCAUUGGUAGUUAUCGCUGCGCCUGUGAGCCAGGAUUUCAGCUCAAGAACCGACGCUGUAUUGAUAUCAAUGAGUGCAGACAGAGGGUUUGUCGUUCUGAUCAGCAGUGUAAGAACACACGGGGAGGUUACACCUGUAUUGACCUGUGUCCAAAUGGUAUGACCAAAGGUGCCAGUGGAACAUGUGUAGACAUCGAUGAGUGCAGAGAUGGCACCCAUCAGUGCAGAUACAACCAAAUCUGUGAGAAUACCAGAGGUAGCUACCACUGUACCUGUCCUCGUGGUUUCAAAUCUCAGGGAGCAGGACGGCCAUGUGUUGACAUAAAUGAGUGUGAGCGGGUUCCACAGCCCUGUGCCCACCAGUGCAUCAACACCCCUGGCAGCUUCAAGUGCACCUGCCCGCCAAGGCACCACCUGCUGGGGGAUGGCAAAUCGUGUGCUGGUCUGGAGCGUCUGCCCAGCUAUGAGAGCUACUCAUACGGCUACCGCACAUCUCAGUCCUCUCCUGAGCACAGCUCUUACCAACGGCUGUACCACAACUUGGCCUCUCAGAGCUACCACUCCUACACAACCACCACAAUGGGGAGCUACAGGAACCGUAGUCGUAGAGAGAUCCGCAUAUUUUCUUCACAGCAGGGCUUCCUCGCAUGUCAGCAAGGGUUUGAGUCCAGGGGUGGCCACUGUUUAGACAUUAAUGAGUGUGAGGUGAGGGAUGUCUGUCAGCAUGAGUGCAUGAACACAUUAGGGAGCCACAGGUGUCUCUGUCCUGCUGGUUACCGCCUCAUGACCAAUGGCAAGAUGUGUCAAGAUAUAGACGAGUGUCUGGAGCAGAACAUCCAGUGUGGAGCGAACCAGAUGUGCUUCAACAUGAGAGGAAGUUACCGGUGUAUUGACACACCCUGUCCACUAAACUACCAGAGGGAUCCAGCCACAGGAUUUUGCCUGAAGAACUGCCCACCAAAUGACCUGGAGUGUGCACUGAGCCCUUAUGCCCUGGAGUACAAGCUGCUGUCUCUUCCUUUUGGCAUUGCAGCCAAUCAGGACCUCAUCAGGCUGGUGGCCUACACACAGGACGGAGUGAUGCAUCCCAGGACCACAUUCCUAGUUGUUGAUGAGGACAUCACAUUACCAUUUGCACUGCGAGAUGAGAACCUGAAGGGGGUCCUGUUCACCACACGGGCACUACGAGAGCCCCACACAUACCGCAUGAAGGUCCGAGCCCUCUCCUACAGUGAAGAUGGAGGCAUCGAGUACCAGACGACUUUCAUUGUUUAUAUUGCAGUCUCUGCCUACCCCUACUGAGAGCACUUUAAAUAGUCUGAGACAAAGGUGCAGUGAAGAACUGAGUCCUCCACAUCACUGAGAGAGUGUUGUGGUGCGAGUGAGUGGAUGUGAUUGGGGAAAAGUAGCCACGUCAGUAAAGAGACUGAAUGAGACUGUAAAAGCUAUUGCAGGAACUGGCUAUUUAUUGGCUGUUAUCCCUGAAAAUUUCACUUCAGUCGAUCAAUUGAUAAUCUGACUUAUUAUUUUUCCUGCCACUUCAGAUUUAUUUAUAAAACCAAUAAAAUUUGCUUCACAAAGUUGAAGCAUCCACCACAGGAUCAGAAACUAGGUUUCAACCCUACUCAAGAAAUCCUAGCUAGCCUUUUAUAUACAUCUACCUAUUAUUAACUCAUUGGGAAGUGUUUGAAUAUGAAAAACAGGUAGUUCCCCCCUGUGUUUAACCUUUGGGUAAUCAGUUACCAAAGUGGAGAUGUGAAUGUUCAAAUUUGGUGCUCAUUUUGGCAAUGGAAAACUUGAAAAUAACCUAGCAAUUGUUACACUGAUUACAUAAUCAGUGUACCAUAAUGCUCCACUCAAUAGUUGAUACCAAGAUGUAUUUUAUUUUUAUGAUGUGUACAUAGGUUUUUUUCUCAAUGUAUUGCGUACUGUACUUAUCGUAUCCAUUUUGUAAUUAAAAUAAUAAAUGAA